AAAUAAAAAAGAAAAUGAUGAUGAUGAUGAAUAAUAACCUUCAACAUUCACCGGCCUGGACCGGACAUUCUUUUAAUCAUGGAUGAAUCAAACCCUAAUUCCUAAUUCCUUUCUUUCUCGGAUGUCUGUACAUACAUAUACAUAUAUAUAUAUAGUUAGUUGGAUCGGAUUGGAUCUUUUAUUGAGAAAUACCGCAUUUCUCUCUCUCUCUCUUAAAUCUUUGAUCUUUUCAUACCAUCUUAACUCAAUUAGCGAAGGAAGGGGAAGAUAGAUAGAUCUUUAUACUCGGAUGCCGCAGAAAUCGGACAUCGAGAUUUCUGGAAUGCGAGUGGGACAGUUAUGAUAAGGACGAGAAACCCACAAUCGUCUUCAUUCUCGGUAAUCUUUCUGCACCAUUGUCGUCGUCUUCAUCAUCGUGCUGCUUCAGUAAUGGCUGCAUCCACCGCCUCUUUAGUUCUUCUUCAAGGAAAGACCGAUCAUUUUCUCGUUCCCCACUCAUCUUCCACAAAAAUGCCUCUUCAUUCAAACUACCCAAUAGCCAAGGUUUCUGCAUUCUUGGGGAGGCCUUCGAACAGGACACAAUGCUAUUACUACCAGCCCCACCGUCGUUGGCCUGGGAAAUUCAACAAACGUUAUGGAGAUGAGGGUGAUAGAAAUAAGGCUAGGGCUUUUGCUCCAUCCUUAUUUAGACAACUGUCAUGCGAUUCUACGGAGGAUGCUUCUGGAAAGCUGGAAAAUAGUCGUGGUUUCACUGAUCAUGAUCAUCAUAGCAAUUCUUCAAUUGGGCUUCAUGAUCGAUCUUCCUCGGAGAAAGUUGUGGUUGCUGUUGAUGUUGAUGAGGUUCUUGGAAACUUCUUGUCAGCUUUGAAUAUGUUUAUAGAAGAUCGAUAUUCUUCGAAGCAUUCUGCAUCGGAUUAUCAUGUGUAUGAAUUCUUCAAGAUAUGGAACUGCACUAGAGAUGAAGCUGACAUCCGUGUGCAUGAGUUCUUUAAAACAUCAUACUUCAAAUCAGGGAUCCACCCAAUUCCAGGUGCUAGGCAGACACUUCAAAAGUUAUCGAGAUUUUGUGAUUUGUCCGUAGUGACUUCCCGACAGAAUGCAAUAAAAGACCAAACAAUUGAGUGGAUUGAGAAGCAUUACCCAGGAUUGUUUCAAGAGAUUCACUUUGGCAAUCACUUUUCUCUCGAAGGCCAGUCCAGGCCUAAGUCAGAUAUUUGCAGGUCACUUGGUGCUAAAAUUCUGAUAGACGAUAACCCAAGAUAUGCUGCUGAGUGCGCUGAAGCAGGGAUGAUGGUUUUGCUUUUUGACUAUGAGAACUCCUACCCUUGGUCCAAGACAGGAUCAGUUAGUCAGCACCCCUUGGUCACUAAGGUUCACAACUGGAAAGAAGUGGAGGAUGAGCUAUUGUCAUGGAUUGUAUCAGCAAAACUGUAGCUUGCUUUUUCUUUAGAAAAGAAUGAAGAAUUUCAUCCAAAUGUUGGCUAGAAAAGGACAUUUUGUAUGUAGAGAUUGAAGCCAUCCAUGAUUUUUUUAUGGGGUCGGGGUAUUCAGAUAUAAGUUCUGAAGGUUAGCAAUAUUAAUUUAAUGAUCUCCUCUAAUGGAUGUAGAUUUAUGGUUA